AAAAAACAGGAGAAAAUGGAACCUGGAGUUGACUGGCUGUAGGUGAUGGCAGGCGCCGGCUGCUGUGCGAUUGGGCGUUGGGGCGGAAGAGGACGUAGCAUGAUGCCUCCGCUGCUGCUCUUCUGGAUUUUCAUCGCAGUCCCUCCAUCCCUCCUGCAGCCCACUCUCCCCCUCUCGCUGCCCGUCCACAUGUCCGUCGCUCCUCCUCCCUGGCAGUUUCUUCCCCUCUCUCAGGCAGAGCUCGGUCCCAUCUUCUCCAACUCCAGCCCCUUCUCUUUCUCACAGAGUCUCUUCAUGGUGCCUCCACCCGUCUGGGGGCCCAAGCCGCGCCUGCAAGCUUCAUUUGGCCCUCACUCAGUGACACAGCUGAUAUCAGAGGUUGUUCUCCCUGCCUCUCCGUCGCCGUCUGCCUCCCUCCUCUCAGAGCAUGUGGAGAGAGAGAGGGAUGAGGACGGGCACGAGCGGUUCCGAGUGAGAACGCUGUUCCACAAGUGGGGCGACAGCAGCAGCAGAACCUGCAUCACUCUGCACGCCUUCAAAGAGACAGAGGAGCACAAGGCCUCGUGUUUAACGCAGCCUCCUCUGGGGCUUUGUGUGGUCACUCUGACGCUACCUAGUGGCUGGUUUGAGGACCUACAUGCAAACCGAUCCUAUCGGGAAACGAGCGAGUGGCACAGCAGCGUCCACGCUCGCCACCGCGUCCAGAGGCGGCGGCGAGGUGAACGGCAUCACGCCAACCAUCAUCGUGCGACUCUGAGGUUCCGUCCGGAUGUUAAUGUGGACCAGGCCCUGAAAUAUCCUCGGGUGCCGAUCAGAGACCAAGUGCAGCUUUACUACUCCAACUUUGACGCAGCAGCGGUGAACACAAAGCCGACACCAGCAGAAUGUGAGGAGGAGCGAGAGGCUCAGUCUCAGAGGCGGCUCUUCCACAUCAAAGCAGUGACACUGAGGGCGGAGGAGGAGGAGGAGAGCAGCACCAAAGACGAAGAGGAAAGGGAAGCAGCCUGCUUGAACAGGCAGGAAGAGGAGGAGCUGAGCUUAGACUCCCACGUCGUGAUUCGCUCCCAGAGAGGUCCGGUUCUGGUUGGGCGGCCAAUCCGGAUGUCCGUGAACCUGAGAUCCAACUUCAGCGCCGAGUUUGUCGUCAUAAAGCUGAAGGUGAAGAAGGGUUUGGUGUCAAUGGUGGCCCAGAGAACACUGACCUCUGACCUGUGGGUCGUGACCCUGGAGCGAAGUCAAGGCUCCAGACACGACGUGGUUUCCAUCGUCUGCCACAAACACAGCGCAGCAAAGCACACUCGCAAUCCCGCUCUCCUCCACCAGGUGGUGUGCGUGACAGUUAGAGGCGUGAGGCGGAGCUUCGGUGUUGCCAUGACAGUGUCAGCUAACUGGUGGGUGGAGUACUCCGGGCACAGUAACCCCUCGUGGCCACGGGGGGCAGCAGUGAGCGUCUUUUCGUUCACUGAUCGACACGUCGUCGGCAUCGCUCCCGUCACGGAGAGUAACAGGAUCAUCAACACCGCCAUUUUGACCAGUCAGCCCGUGUCACUUCCUGUCAUCGUUCUGGCUGUCGGCCAUGACGGGAACGUGUCAGACGUCACCUCUGCAGUCACGUGUCACUCCACGGACGAGAACACCGUCAAGGUUUCCGCCGAUUGCUCCGCUGUCUUUGUGGACGGCAGUGAGUCGGCGCUGGGGAACACUUGUGCUGUGGUGGAGUUUCACCUGGGCGGGCUCAGUGGAUCAGUGUGUCUGGAGGUGUGGGCUCCGACCGUGCCCCUGCGCGUGUCCGUGUCAGACCCCGUCCUCAACGCCAUCAGUGGCUGGAACCAACUCACAGACGAUGGGUGUCUGCCGGUGUAUCAGCGCUCCACAGUUCAGGUGCUGACUCGGUUCACGGCCCAGGACUCCCACAGCAGGACUGUUCACCUCUUGCGCUCAUCUGAUUGGUUCGUGGACGUGACGGUGCUGGUCCGUGAUUGGCUGAGAGUCGAGGACCCGGGAGUGGCUUCCCUCCACGCCCACAACAGCGUGAUUGGUUUCCGGCCUGGGAAGACGUCACUACGUGUUGUCUCUGAGCAGUGGGACGGCGUGCUGGGCCGAUGUGACAUCACUGUGUCCUCCGACCCCGUCACCCCCGCUGACCUCUCUGUGCAGGUGGUCAGCGGCCUUGGCAUGGCGGUCACUGGAAGCCCCGCCCACACCUCCAUCCUCACAACAACGGUGACCGCCUACAACAUCCUGUACAACCGCCACCAGGAGGCCUCCAUCAGCGUCUGGCUUCAGUUCAGCGAUGACUCCGCCUCCCUCCUCUCCGCCUUCAGCGACCUCCCCUUUUUCCUGCGUCUCACCUCAUUGGCCGAGACUGUGGUAGUGGUGACACCCGGCCCCGACCAGCGCGUCUUUGCCCAGGGAGAUGGAGGCGGUCCUUUACUGAGGGCGGAACUUCUGGUCCCAACCUGCACCGGCCAGACAAUCACAUCCGAAGGGAUCAAUGACGGCGACUGGGACUGGACGGAUACUGGUGGAGGAGGCGGAGUCAGGGUGAGGAGGCUUGCGAGAGGAUCUGGUUGGGUGAGAGUGAACCUGGAGCCAGGAGAUGAAAGGGCUGAGGAGGCUGAGGAGUUUGACUUCUCAGACACGCUGGUCGAGUUCGACGGCAACGUCUACACACCAGACUUUGACAACAAUGGAAACGUGAGCAAAGACGCCUACGACUACAAGACGGACGAGAGGGCGUGGAACAAGAGGGGAAUGGUGAGUCGGAAUAAUCUGGAAAGGGCUGUGCUGACGCCAGACCAGGAGGACAGAUCUGUUUACUUCUCCCCAAGCCAGGAGAACCAAGGCGAGAGGGAGGAGGACGGCGAAGAUGAGGCCGAAGAGUUGGAGGUCGGCGUUGGCGCCGUCCUCUCUCUGCUCUGUCUUUCUGCCGUCCUCUUCCUGGCAAACUGUCUUCCCUGUGCUCUGCGGGACAGGAGGAAGAGGAGGAGGAGGAGCGUGGAAGGGGAACUAGAGGGAGGUACGGCGGACGAAGAAGAAGCAGAAGACGGGAUGAUGCAUGAAGAGGUGGAGAAGAGAGACAGUGGUGACGGAAUGAAACAGCAGGAGGACGGGAACAAUAAAGAGUAGAGAUCAUUUGCUGACGUUUGCAAUAAACCUUGUGGGGCAUGACGUAAAAUAUGGAAAACUGUGGCCACUAGUGUUUGAAACUGGUACUGCGAUCCAAAGUCAAACCAUUGGCUCUUUUCCAUUUUAUGCCGUGUUUCAAGUGUUUUUUUUUGUGUGUUUCCAUUAGGAAUAGUACCAAAAUAAC